UUAAAGAGAAUUUAGCUACUUCAGAUUAUAAUAAAGAAGUUAUAGAAAUAGAACCUGAAAGUGAUGAUGAGGAUAUUAUGUUAGACUAUUCAACUUCUGAUAUUGAAAGUAGUGAAGAAGAAAUAUUCAAGAAUAUUAGAAAUCAUGAUGAAAGAUUUAACCAAAUUGUAUUAUAUGCAGAAAAUGAUAAUAGAUUAUUUGAUUCUUUAAAAAUAUUAAAGGAAAGAAAAAAUUAA